GAGGUGCUGCAACGGUUUACAAAUCAAUUCCUGUAAAUAAUGGAAUCAAACGAGACAAAGCUCCUAUUUCUUUCACUUAUAUCACUGCCACGGGGUACGAAUGAGGCUAGGAGAUCAGCAAUACAGGGUCGCGUCGUGACUAGAUUUAUCGCUGCAAAUGAGCGACUAGUGACUGCGUUCACUGCAUGAAGCAGCAAUUGUUCGAGUCGCGGGAAAUUUAAAGUGGGAUCACGUGACCAUAUUUGUCGCUGGAAACGAGAAUCAACCAGCUGCAUGAGACCGCACCUUUAUAGUCGAAAACCUCAUUACACUUUUUUUGAUUCUUUCAAAAAAGUCACGGAGUUUGACAAUUUAAUGUCAAUUAAAUUUUAAUGUCAACGUCAAAAUAUCAAGAAAUCCGUAAUCCAUUAGAAAUAUGCAAGUUUCUAUUAGUUUUUAAGCUUUAGAUUAUAAUCACAUAAAACCUGCGACGUUUUCAAAGAGAGAAGAGAUUAAAGAAAUUAAGUAAUGAACAAAUGGACUAAAAAUAUUUAUUGGCUUGAAGAAGCAGCUCAGUCGUGUCCGCCGACGUCUCUCGUUAUCGUGUCUCGGUGUCUGUCAUUUACAUGUAUUUACGCCCAAAUGCUAUAAACUGCUUACAGACGACUUUCUUUUAUAAUUGAACAUUUUUAGUAUCGUCGGUUUCAUCACUCACUACUUGAAAAUGUCGGCAAAACAGAAGAAUAUAUUUACACGUAGUAAACCUUUGAUGAAUAUCUAUAGUGGCGUGGACCAUGAAGGAAAAGAAGUGGAAGUUCGUGAAGAUGCAGAGCAAUUAGUAAAAUGGCAUGAAAUAUCUGAUGCGCUGGUCGCUGCUGGAUAUUACCGAGCUCAGCUGCAGGGUCUGUCUGAGUUUGAUAAGAUUGUUGGAGGCCUUACUUGGUGUAUAGAGCUGUGUGACAUUGAUAUUGAUGUCAGUCUCCUGUUUGAAGAGAAUCUCACCAUUGGAAAGAAAAUAGCUUUAACAGAGAAAAUUGUGAAAGUAUUGCCUACAAUGAAAUGUCCAUAUACUAUAGAACCACAUCAGAUCCAAGGCCUGGACUUCAUCAAUAUUUAUCCUUUAAUAUUAUGGCUUAUUAAAUACUCAAGUGAAUUCAGAGAAGCUAAGGAGGAUGAGUUAAGAAAGUUUGCAGUAAUGCAAUAUGAUAAAGAUUAUAUCUUUGAAACUGACAGGCCUAAUUUUGUACAAAAAGAAAAAUUGCUAAGAAAUUUAGUUUUUGUACAGAAUUUGUACAAACCAUGUCGAGUCCGGAAGAGGAAAGGUGGUCUACCUGCAAAUGAACUGGAACAAGUGAAUGCAACUCUAUCAGAAUAUGAUCAACGCAUGUUAUUGCAUAUAACAGCAAACAAAACAGAUGUGAAGAACGAUGACGGAUUAGAUUUCUUGUAUGAUUAUGAAAAGACACUUGCAGACCCAACAGAAAUCACUACUGAGGCUAACAGAUACGUUCAAAAUACGGAAACAAAGGAAAGAGAUGCUGAUACUAAAAUACACUAUGCAGUGUUACAUUCUGAGCUAACAGGGGAAGUUUCCAAAGAGUUGGAGGAGAGUGAAAAGUUAAAAUAUUCUGAGGAUGUUGACAAACUUACCAAGAGCAUUGACAUCCUGGAAAAAGACUUGCAGACGUUUAAAGAGACACACGAGGAAAGAAUGGAGAGUGCUAAACAAGAGUACUCCAACAUAAUUGGAAAACUUCAAUCAAUUACACAUAAGUUGAUGAAGUCAGAUGAUGCCAGUGAAAAAGAUGUGAAACAAUUUUAUAAAUCGCUAAAGGAGUUAGCAAGGGAAAGAAACGAAUUAUUGCAAGUAAUUCAACAUAGAAACAAGGAACACAGCAAAUUAGAAGAUAAAUUGAGGGCUGCAAAGGACCCGGAUGCAAAAGUAGAAGAAAAACCAUUAACUCCUGCAGAACUGAAGGAGUUUAAUGAAAGAGAAGAGAAGUUAAAGGCAUUUAUUACAAGUAUGAGACUAGAACUUGCUAAAUUAAACCGAGAAGUUUUAAGAUACUCCACUGCCAUAGACGAGGUGCCUGGUACUGCUGAAUUGUUGCAAUACGAAAAGAGAUUUAUUGAACUUUACAAUCAAGUUGCGUCCAAACAUAAAGAAACUAAGCAGUAUUACAUAUUCUACAACACCCUCCUAGAAGUAAAACUAUAUACCUCAAAAGAAUUAAGUUUGCUGAAUUCCAUUUUGGAUAACUAUGAAGAGGCCAUGUCGUCAGUCAGGAAGAGAGAAGAAUUUAUGACACAAUUUGAAUCUAUUGUAGACUGGGUCAAUCACACUGUAAAAAAGGUAGAGGAGAAAUUUAAAAAUGAGAAAGAGCAGAAAUCUGCUCUUUACAACGAAUAUUCAAGGUUGAUGGACGUUCAACGACAGUACGCGGCGGCCUUGAAAAAGUUGGGCGAGCAGAGGCAAAGGAUAGGCCCUGAUAGCAGACACAGUUGACCAACUAACUAUACCUCUUAAUACAAGACAUUGCGUCUUAUAUUGUAAUCACAUGCAUAGUUUAUCUAGUCCUCAAGAUAUUAUCAGUAGUUAAUUUUCUACUUUUAUAAUCAUUCCAGUUCCACAGAACGUGAAACCCUCACACAUAGAAUUUAAGACUGAAUAUAGGUUUGAUAUUGUUUCAAAUACUUUCAAAUGUAUUUAUAAUGCACCAUUUGUUAAAGUUAAAAUAAUAUUAUUUAAAAUAAAUAACUCGGAUAUACAUA